AUGUGCUACUAUGGCAGCUACUAUGGAGGCCUGGGCUGUGGCUAUCGCUGUGGCUGUGGCUAUGGAGGCUAUGGUGGCCUUGGUUAUGGUGGCUAUGGUUAUGGCUGCUGCCGCCCCCUGUGCUGUGGAAGGUACUGGUCCUAUGGCUCCUACUGA